AUGGCUGCCCACCGGGUUUACCGAUCAAACUAUCCACCUCCCCAGAUCCCUACAAACGUAUCUGUUUCUCAAUUGCUUCAGCGCUACAAUCCCGAUGAUGUGGAGUCAGGCAAGGUCAUUUGUGAGGAUGAUUGGACUGGGAAGAAGCUUACCUAUUCUGGUAUUAGAGAAGAGAGUGCCAAGGGAGCAUAUGGGCUCAGACACGUGAUGGGGCUUCGUGAAGGGGAUGUGGUCUGCAUUUGUGCGCCUAACUCUGUUGAAGUUGUGAAGUUGAUACAUGCAGUUUUAUGGUGUGGAAGCACAGCUGUGUUGAUAAAUCCACUGAGCACCGAAUACGAAAUUGCGCACUGCCUAGAUAUAUCCCAACCUCAGGCUAUAGCUGUAGAUGCUAAUACCUGGCCUACUGUUUCCGGCGCGGUGAAUAGCGAGCCAGACUUUUCCGGACUGAAGGCCAUCUCAAUCGACGAUAGCCAAUCCUCGCUCAAGAAUGUUGUUCCUUCCACAUUGCUAUUCGACCAGACAGAAUCCCUGCUUCCCUUUGAUCUCUCAAGUCGAGACAGCAGAGAUCAUACUGCAGUUGUAUGCUUCAGUUCGGGGACGAGUGGGAAGGCAAAGGGGGUCGAAUUGUCGCAUUAUAACCUCGUCGCCUCUAUACUAGAUCUCCGAGCUACUGAUCCAAAUUACUGGAAUGGUAGUAUCAGAGGGGUAUUUUUUGCUCCGUUAUGUCACAUCUACGGCCUCAUGACUGUCGCAUUAAUGGGCACGUGGCUCGGUUCUUACACGAUGUUGAUGAAACGCUACACACUCGACACCUUCCUCGAACUCUCAGCCAAAUCUAACGUAACCGCUCUCCGCAUCCUCCCGACGAUCGCUGUAGCUAUUGCUAAACAGCAAACCUUCAAUCUCUCCCGCCUAAACUGCGUUAAAUAUAUUAUGUGCUCCGGUGCUGCAUUGCCUCCUGCUAUCAUUACCUUUUUCCAUCAACACUUUCCGUCCGCACCUAUCUUCCAAGGCUACGGAAUGACGGAAACGCAUAUCACGAUGUUAAAGCCGGAAUCGGCGUACCGGAUAGGCUCUGUGGGCCGUCUGUUCGCUAACAUCGAAGCGAGGGUUGUCGAUGAGGAGGGCAAGGAUGUGCAAGAGGGAGAACAGGGAGAGAUGUUGGUUAGAGGUCCGAGUAUCUUCAAGGGAUACAUGAGAAACAAAAAAGCAACGCGUGAGGCGUUUGAUGGCGAGUGGAUGCGAACGGGAGAUAUCCUGAAAAUUGAUAAAGAAGGAUUUUGGUGGCUGACGGAGAGGAAGAAGGAGUUGAUCAAGUACAAGGGCAAUCAAGUUGCACCAGCAGAACUCGAGGCCAUUCUCAACUCUCAUCACCACGUGAGCGAGGGUGCAGUGUGCGCGCUUUGGCAUGAGGAUCAGGGAACUGAAGUUCCGAUUGCGUAUAUUGCUCUUACGCCGGAUGCGAAAGCGUCUGGUAGGGACAGAGACGCGAUUGCAGCGGAUGUGCGAAAACACGUCGACGCAAAAGUCUCGCCGUAUAAGAAGCUUCGAGGAGGUGUGAUAGUUCUGGAUGAAAUUCCAAAGUCAGGGAAUGGGAAGGUAUUGAGGCGGAUGCUGCCAGCGAGACUGGCGAGGGAACGGCAGGGGAAAUUAUAACUUAUUGAAAGUUCACCACUUCCAAACAGCAGCA